AUGGAAAAAUUCUCCGAAAUUUUCGGUUUCUUGAUAAUCCUAAAAGAAACCCUAAAAAUCCUCCCGAAAAAUGGGAAACUCACAGCCUUAAUCGCCAUACUAACCCUAACCCUACCUUCAAUCCUUUUCUCGCUAUUCAUUUACUUCUCCCAACCGUUAAUCUCAUAUGCAACCGCUUCGUAUACGGAAUCUCUCAGCGUAGUGCGCGUGUUAGUAUAUUGGGCGUUGCUUCUAACACUCGAAAUCGUGUUCCUAGUCAUAUACGGCGCAAUAUCCCACUUGUCCGGAAUCGCGACCAUUUUAGUGUCGGCAAAUUCUUACACCAUAGGCAAGAACAAUUUAGCGACGAAAGACCUUUUAUCCAGCAUAAAAAGAACAUGGAGAAACCCGUUUACGACCACCUUCCGCGAACCUAGAACUAACCACUCAUCAUCGACCCAGUAUCUGUCGGUUGUGAUGGCGUUCGCUUUUUUUCUAGCAUGGUUCAUCCCUAAUUUCGUCACUAUUUCUGUCGCUAUUCUUGUCGGGAUUUGGUUUAGUGCUCUCCAGCUGUAUUCGUCUGUUGUUUGGGCACUGUCAACUGUGGUUUCGGUUUUGGAAUACGGUGGUACAAGAGAGGCGGAGGUGGAGAGAGCUGAGAUGCUGGUUGAAGGGGGCCAGCGCCUCCAUGGGUUCAUGCUCGCCUUGUUCGUCAAUGUUUUGUCGCUGAUUAUUUUUGCGGGUUUUUGGAUGUUUGUCGGUGACAGGGGUUUGUCGCAGAAUCUGCAGGUGUAUGGUUUGUUCUUCCUCAACUUUUUGUCGCUGUUCAAGAUAUUCAUUUUCCCGGCGUACACGGUUUAUUAUUUCCAGUGUAUGAAGUUCCACGGUGAAGAAAUAAUUAUUGGAGAUUUCCAAUACAGUGAAUUGCCUACUAGUCUGGGCAAUGAUAUUCCCUGA